AUGGCUGCAGUUGAUUCACAGCCGCAGUCUAUCUCUGGUCCAGUUGUCCCUUCGCUGCCUUUAGGUUCUCGGUUGGACGGGGUCAAAGGUGUUGUUCAGCGAAUCAAACGCAAGGUUACUACCAAGCAGGGAUGGAUAGGGGACUACGACUAUGCAUGGCUAUGUACGCCUUCGCUGCCAUUCAUGAAGCGGGACAAUCGUUUGCCGCCUUUCUAUGCCCUUGACGAUAGCCUGCCCCUGUUGCUGGGAAUGACUAGUGGUCUGCAGCAUGCGCUCGCUAUGCUUGCUGGACUCAUUACGCCCCCCAUAAUCUUCGCCUCUUCACUUAACCUCGACCCUGAAUUAUCAGCGUAUAUGAUCUCUGCUUCACUGAUUGGAUGUGGAUUCCUCAGUCUCCUGCAAAUGUCCCGGAUACACCUCUUCAAAGGCUACUAUCUCGGUACUGGACUCCUAACUGUCGUCGGAACGAGUUUCGCCACGCUCAGCACGGCAAACGCAGUGUUCAACGCGAUGUACAAUGACGGCACAUGUCCUUCAACCGUUGGGCCCGAUGGAACUUUCGUCCGAGGUCCAUGUCCAGAUGCCUAUGGAAUGGUGCUUGGCACGGCGCUAGUUUGCUCGUUCUUUGAGAUCUUCCUGUCGUUCUGUUCUCCUCGGAUUCUUAAGCGGCUAUUCCCUCCCAUCGUCACCGGGACUGUCAUUCUCAUGAUCGGCGCUUCACUCAUUGGUGAAUCCGGUAUCGCCAACUGGGGUGGCGGAGCUAACAACUGCAAGCUACGCCCUGAAACUGGGCUGUUCGCUCUAUGUCCCACCAUAAACGCUCCUCGACCUCUUCCGUGGGGUUCAGCAGAGUUCAUUGGUCUUGGGUUCCUCUCGUUCUCGACGAUCAUCCUUGUUGAGAUGUUUGGGUCACCGUUUAUGAGGAAUAUUUCGAUUAUUUGUGGGUUGGUUGUUGGGUGUGUUGUUGCUGGUGCGACUGGGUAUAUGAGUGAUUCUACUAUCAAGUCUGCACCUGCUAUUACUUUCUUGUGGGUGCACCGGUUUAAGCUUGGUGUAUAUCCACCUGCUAUUCUUCCCAUGCUGGCCGUCUAUGUCUCCCUCGCAAUGGAAGCCAUAGGCGACAUCACCGCCUCAGCCGAAGUCUCCAAACAACCCGUCGUGGGGCCUAUCUUCGACUCGCGCAUCCAAGGCGGGGUCCUCUGCGACGGCAUCGCGGGCCUCCUCUCCGCACUCUUCACCGUCACCCCGCUCUCCACCUUUGCCCAAAACAACGGCGUCAUCGCGAUCACCCGGUGCGCGAACCGCGGCGCCGGGCGCUGGUGCUGCUUCUUCCUCAUCCUCUUCGGCACCAUAGGCAAAAUUUCUGGUGUGUUUCUGGCGAUACCGAAUUCUGUUCUGGGCGGUGUGACGACGUUUUUGUUUGCGAAUGUGGCGGUGAGUGGGGUGAGGGUUUUGGCUGCCAGUGGGACGUUUGGGAGGAGGGAUCGGUUUGUGUUGGGUGCUGCGUUGAGUUUUGGGGUUGGGAAUUUGUUGAGUCAUGAUAUUUUUACCCAUCUUUUUGAGAGGGUGGACAACCCGGGGAAGGGCCUUAAGGGGUUGUUUGAUUCGAUUACUAUUGUGUUGAGCACGCCUUUCUUAUCUGCGGGUGUGGUAGCGACGGUUUUGAAUUUGGUUCUUCCGCAUGAACCUGAAGAGCCUACCCCGGUUGUGGACGAUUCUUCGUCUGUUGAUGUAGAGCGAGUUGAUGUCGAAGGACAGACAGAGAAGAGUUCAAAGGCCUAUUAA